UCUAGCGACUAAAAUCAGGCUGGUGACCGCUCUCAGGUUUUUCUCUGUUUCGAUAUUGGAGAGACGCGUCGCGCACACAUGACACUACUCUACAGCGAGUAUACUUUCAAGUAGUGUAACCCAACAACAAGUCGUACGGAUUUUCCAAACAACUCGACGACAAGUCUUCGUAUGUGAAGUCGCUCGUCGAGUUGCAUAGAAGAAAACGGAAGUGUCACGCCCACCUAACCUAUAAGAACCGUAAGAAAGUGUCAAUUUCGCGAACAUCGAUAUUCAGCAGGUGAGAGGAAGGCAUCGAACGAUCGAGAUAUUAGGAGGUACUAAAAAUGAAAUUCAGAUUCCUUGGCGAUGGCGACUGUCCAGACUGGUUACUGGCGGAGAUCAACACGCUUUCGCGAAUGACUUCAAUUAAGAUGAAAAUACUAGGCCAAACAGUAGCUAAGUAUCUGACCGAGGGAGAACUGAAUGAGGAGAAAGUAAAAAAGAUCACGCAAGACGCUAACCUCGAUAUAGGUGACGCGAAGGCGAUGGUAGCUGCGCUCGAAUUGAUCUUUACAUCUUCCGCCCGAUACAGCGUUUCCGCCGCCGAUUUGAACAGUGAAUUGCAACAAUUGGGGCUUCCACGAGAGCACAGCACUGCCGUGGCAAGACUUCAUACUACUCAUUGUCCUCAGAUCGCGGUUGUUCUUUCGUCUCAAUCUUUGAGAGUCAGUCGCGUGUCCUCUAUCGAAGUACUGCCUUGCGAUAGCGCAUCGCCCGUUUCCACCGUAACAUUAAAAUUGAAAAAGUAUUACGGCCAUGAGGAAGAUUCCACUAUAAAUAUCUCGAAAGACGACGUGCAAGUACUAUUAAAAGAAUUGAGAAGAGUGCAAGCGCUAAUGUUAGGUUUGUGAAUAUACUGUUGCGCUCAUUCAACGCUCGCGUUCAGGCAAUAAAUGAACAACUCGUUUAAAGCUCUUGAGUAGUCUCCGCGGCUAUGUUGGAUUGAUGAUGUCAGAAGCGAGGAAAACUAUGCCCAAAAUUCCUGUAAACCAUGGUUAAAUAAAAAGAUAUAAAUUUAUUCAAAUGACACUCGCAAUCUACUUUGUAUACUUGUGAAAUGCUCUUCUUUUGCCGAAAUAACUCUUACAUAAUCGCAAAAUAAAUGCGAUAAAUCGUCUCGUUUUAACAAGAAGUUAUUCGUGCGACUCGAUGUCGAAUAUGACUGUAAGAACUAUUUGUACGCAUUGAAUAUCACAAUAAGCAUAGUGUCUGGAGCAUUUCCGUACUUCUACAAUUGUGUCACGUGUGACAUACACGCACUACAUUCAAUAGUAACGCUGUGGUUUGCAGGAAAAAAUUAAUCGUCUGUUUACAUCGUUACGUCUAUUCGUUUUCGACCAAUUUUUGCACUGGUGCAAUAAAUUUGUAGAAAGAGGCAAAUAUACUUUCUUUCACUUUAUCUCUCUUUUAUUGAAAUAGUGUGCAUUAGUGCAGAAGUUCUUCGGAAACUGACAGAUUAAUUUUUUUCACCUAAUAUUUCAUCAUCUUACCGUUUUCAACUACCAUCAACGCGGAGUUCUCGGCUGACUACUCAGAAGUCUUAAGGCUCCUUGUACCUCGUCAUAUCGAAUUUGUGACGUCAGAAGCGAGGAAUGACACGCUGACGAAAGUUGCAUACCAUUUAAGUCCUUAAAAAUGUAUAAUAAAUUAAAAUAUAUAUUCGUAUCGCACUUCAGUCGCGAUUAUUUAUUCAAAUAA